CAACACCCCGUAUUUGAUCACCUCAUAAUACUAAAAAAAGUGACUCGUUAUUCCUUAAAUGAAAUCAGAAAAAAUUCAUAGGGAAAGUUGCACUAUGUGUUUGAAAGUCAAUUAUGUCCCGAAUUGUCCACACCAUAAACUUCCUGUAUCAGGCCGAAUACAUCAGACAGGAGUACAACAGACCCAAGGAGCUUCAGGUUCUUCAUACCAAGUCUUUUACAUGUAUGGAACUGUGAAUUCGUUGUCCAUUGUAGAUAAAAAGACAAAGAAACAAAGCUGAGGACAGUUUCCGUAAUCUUUCAGGUCAACCUAAACUCUUUUUUUCCUAUUUUGAACACCAAUGAUGGCGACUUCGCUAGCUGAGGCAAGUACAUGUACAGUCAAUGAUGUUACAGUGUGUCCUAUUUGCCUUGAAAAGUUUAAAACACCGAGGUAUCUCCCAUGUAAGCAUUCGUUUUGCCACGAUUGUUUACAUUCUUACAUUGUCAGUCAAUCCAAAUCUACGGAACCUCGUUUGGGAUUUCAUUGUCCAAUUUGUCGUGUGUAUAUCCCAAGUCUUGGGGAUUCUGGAAAAUCAGAGGAAUGGGCGGACCGUUUCCCGAUGAAUGUCAUUUUACAGAAAAUGGUUGAACAACCAAAUGAAAAACAUUGUGAAGCUUGUUUGAGAGACGGCGAUGAAGAAGAGGCUGCAGAUUUCUGUGUAUCGUGUAACGAAUACCUGUGUAAGUUAUGCACCAAGUAUCACAGGAAAAAUUUGGGAACUCGAGACCAUGACAUAUUUACAGUUGACGAAAUGAAAUCCAUGCAAGUAGUUCCCAAGGUAAACAUAGAAAGUUGUUGCUUUAAACAUCAACAAGAAAAAGUGCAGUUGUACUGUCAUGACCAUGAGCAGGCAUGCUGUGCACUGUGUGGGGGAACAGAGCACAGGAAAUGUGAUAGGGUCGACACUGUAGAGGAUGCUGUAACGUUCUUAAGAGAGAAUGGACAGAUGGAAUCAUUGCUGAAUGAGUUGAGUGCAUUUCAAAUGAAAUAUUUGAAAGCCAAAACCGAGGAAGAGAAAACUUUGUCUGAGAUUGAAAAUACGGUAGAUGAAAAUUUUGCUAAUGUAGAAAAAGAGUACUUGGAGUUGGUACACCACUUAGAGAAGUUGAAAAGCAAGCAUAUCGAGGAACUCUUCGUUUCAUUAAAAGAAGGCAGAGAGAAGCUGCAAAGAAAAAUAGAAAGAUUGGAUGACGGAAUUCUCUGUUUAAAUCACAGUAAGACAGAAGUUGAAGAUGCCCAGAAAAAAACAGAGAAUGACGCAGAAGUAUUAGCAAAGAUUGUUUCAGCAAAAAGGAAACUACUUGAGUUGAAGAGUCUUAAUUUCUCACAAUUACAUGUAACAAUUUCUGUUAUGAAAACACCUAAAUGGAGAGAAUUCACAGAGUUGACAACAAUCGCAGACGUAAAACUUUCCGAAUCCUGUAGUUUCUUAAAUUUUGACAUUAGAACUGCUGAACUGAAAAAGUUUAAAGAGUUUCCCGUCGAAGCUGGUAAUGUAUUUUUCGGUGUAUUCUUAUCUGAAGGGAGAUUUUUGAUCCCAAACCACAACGCAAUUAGUGCAUUUAUGGUGUAUGAUAAAAAUUGGAAAUGUAUCGAAAUAAUUGGAGGUCUGCAUUACGCAUGCAGCGCUUAUCAAUGUGAAAAUGAAAUCUUUUUAACAAAAUCCGAAUCAAAGACUAUUGACGUGUUUUCAUCGACUGAUUUCCAUAAACUUAGAAGCAUUACUCUGAAUGACAAAGUCUAUGGGAUAACAGGCUUGAACGGGUACUUAUAUGCUGCAUGUGAAACACACAUCUUAAAACUAAACAAAAAUGGACAGAUAUUAAAGAAAUACAAAGUUGAUGGAUCAAACAAUGUACACGUGACAACGACCCAAAGUGGACUGAUUGUGUUCGGGAACUUUGUGUCUGAAACAAUAACAGCAAUGACCGAAGAUGGACGCGUUGUUUGGAAAUACCAAAGCCCCAAUUUGAAACGACCACACGGUUUGGAUACAGAUUCCUGUGAAAAUAUUUAUGUUGCUGGCAGUAAGAGCAACAAUGUUCACGUCUUGUCAAACACAGGAGAUCUUGUCAGAGUGAUAGAGGGUAUUCCGAGUCCAUACUUUUUCAAGAUCAAUGAGGAUGAGAGAGUGGCAUGUGUGUGCAGUAAAACUAAAACAAUUUUUGUAUAUCGUUUUUAGAACCUUUGACAUAUACGCUGUAUGCCACUAUUUAAAGAAACUUUAAUACUUUAAUUUUGCAACGAGAGACUGGUUUUAUUGUGUAUCAUUUAUGGUAAUUUUUAAUAAUUGUACGAUUUAUUUUUUGUUCAAAAAAUAAAAAAAAUAAAGAACAGAAAAUUGUU